AAAGCUAAGCGUUACCUUAGGCUCAUCUCUCAGGUAUUAGACGACUUUACUAGUAACCACCAUUGCCUCUUCCGAUGUCGACGGAGCCGGAGGUUGUUCACUCCGGCGGCGAGGACUUCGUUCACAUCGAAGAAGACUCCAGGCUCACCGGCGACAUCUCGCUAAGCGACAGCAUAGUGAAUGUGGAGAAGGAGGACGCUGUCGAGGAAGAGGAAGAAUACAAAGACUCCGAUUCCGUCGUUAGCGGCGGCGAUGGAAUCGAAGGUGUGGCGGAUGAAGGCGAGGGCUCAUCGGAGGCGACGAAGGCGGAGCUGCCGGAGGAAUUGGCGAAAAGCGUUGUGAUGCUGACGUGCGAGUCCACAGGGGGAAGUGGAUCUUGCGAUGUGUAUCUGAUCGGGACUGCUCAUGUCUCAAAGGAAUCUUGUCGAGAAGUUCAAGCAGUGAUCAGCAUUUUGAAACCAGAGGCUGUGUUCGUGGAGUUGUGUUCAAGCCGUUUGUCUAUUCUCAAACCUCAGGCUUUGAAGAUUCCAACCAUGUCGGACAUGAUAGAAAGCUGGAAGCAGAAACAGAACACGUUCGGUAUACUUUAUGGAUGGUUUCUUGCAAAGAUCGCCAGUCAGCUCGAGGUUCUUCCUGGAGCUGAGUUUCGUGUGGCAUACGAAGAGGCCCUUAAAUAUGGCGGCAAGGUGAUACUUGGCGAUCGUCCUGUACAGAUCACGUUAAAAAGAACAUGGGCGAAGAUGCCUCUGUGGCACAAGGUAAAGUUCCUAUACUCCUUGCUGUUUCAAGCUGUCUUCUUACCGAGCGCUGAAGAACUCGACAAAAUGUUGAAAGAGAUGGACAAUGUGGAUAUGCUGACUUUGGUGAUUCAAGAAAUGAGCAAGGAGUUUCCAUCUCUCAUGGAUACACUUGUGCAUGAGCGAGACCAGUACAUGGCAUCUUCUUUGCUGAGAGUUGCAAGUGAGCACAGUUCGGUUGUGGCAGUAAUCGGCAGAGGGCAUAUUAAUGGAAUCAAGAAGAAUUGGCAGCAACCUAUAACGAUGAAAGAUCUAAUGGAGAUACCGAGCGACGACUCGGUAUUUACAGUGAAGAGGAUAAUAUCAUCAGUGGCGAUUGCAGUUACAGGGACAGCUAUAGUUACUGGUAUACUUCUUGCAAGAAGAAGGUGAAAACGAGUUUUUUUCUCUCUUCAUUCUCCUGAGCCAUUCAAAAGAAAACCACACAAACUCAACAACAUUAUACAGUCGUUAUGCUUUCUUUCUUUUUCUCUUUUACUUUUGUAUGUCGGUUGAUUGAAACUUUUCAUGGUAAUAAAGCUUUUUGUUAUUGAAGAUUA